AUGUCGCUGUCGGAAUAUCAUCAGAUCAGUAAGUUGAAGCACUUUUUCGCCACCGUCCGGGCGAAUGGCGGGUUUAUAUCAACUUUGUACAAGCUGUGGAGGUUUGAUACUUUUAAGCACGGCACCCUGAUGGGCUGGGACGAGAACGGCAACAAGUACUACGAGAACCAGCGGUACAUGAUCGGCCGCAGCCGCUGGGUCGAGUAUGCGGAGUACUACAAGUGGGAGUACGACGGCUCGCAGGUGACCCCCGAAUGGUUCGGCUGGCUUCACUACAUGACGGACCAGGUCCCCGACUGCCACCCCAUCAAGUGCUGCAUCCGCCAGUCUGCGUGCCACCACCGCUGGAUGCUGCCGCCCGAAGAGAACCUCACUGCCACCCCCAAGCAGUACUACCCGUACUCUACCGUGAGACAGGCUGUCACUGUGUGGGACGGUUCCUCUCUAUGCCAGUUGCCCUGUGCCCCCACUUGCUGCGAACCUAAAUAAAAAUUCGCCCGACAUCGUUA